UAGGAAUCAGGCCCCGCCCCCUGUCUCUGCCUCAUUUCUACUUCCUGCUCCCAGUCAUGGCGGCUGCUGAUCUGAGAGACAAACUGACCUGCUCCCUGUGCCGGGAGAUCUACACCGACCCUGUAACCCUGCCCUGUGGCCAUAACUACUGCCGGGGUUGUAUUGUGGGAACAGGGGGAGAGCAGGGGGAGAGGAGGGAGGAACCUUCCUGCCCUGAAUGCAGACAGACAUUUACACACAGACCUGAACUGAAAAAAAAUGUGACUCUCAGUAAGAUCUGUGAGGGCUUCCGUUCUACCCCCCCAGGGCAGGGGGGUGCCGGGAAUAUCUGCCCUACCUGUGAUUCUCCUGUAGCUGCCGGUACCUCCUGUCAGAACUGUGACCCCUCUCAGUGGGGUAUUAACCUGCCUGUAGGGAGCGGCCCAGCAGAACCUGCACCUACUGACCCCACCAACUCCCCCAGGAACAGAACCUGCUCCGCACACUCACAGAUGGAGCUGGAGUAUUACUGCCCCCAGGAUGGGGCCUGUGUCUGUGUGGCCUGUUGGCUGGUGGGAGAGCACUUGGGCCACAGGGUGGAGCCACUGAGUGAGGCCUCGGAGAACAAGAAAGAGAAACUGAGGGAAGUUCUGGAGAAACUGAGCCCCGAGAGAGAGGAGAUAAAGAAGAGAAUCCAGAGGCUGCAGGAGCGCAGGAGGGAAGGGGCAGAAAAAGCAGCCGGUGAGACAAAGGGAGUCACUGCCCUGUUUAGGGGCAUCAGGGAACGGCUGGAAGCCCUAGAGAAGCAAAUGCUAAGUGAGAUCUCAAGUGAGCAAAAGAAGAUUUCCCACCAACUCCAUGGUUUGAUCCGGCAGCUGGAGAUAAAGAAGGACGAGCUGUCCAGGAAGAUCCGUCACAUUGAGGAGCUGUGCAACAUGGCAGAUCCACUCACUGUCCUACAAGCACCGGAACCUGAUGGGGCUGAGUUUUAUGAGGCUGAGGGGGGGGACAGAAAGCGCAGAAAGAUGGAGGAUAUAAAUGCCCCGGCUGUAGGGGAUCUGGAUUUGGGUGGGAUCUCAGAGACAUUACUCACAGGGUUGGAUCAGAUUGUGACUGAGGCAAAGGGGAGAUUCACCUGGCAGGAGGCUACAGACCUGGUACUCGAUACAGAGACAACUGAUGGUGAAACUGUAUCAGAGGACAGGAAAACUGUAUCCUACACAGGUGAAUAUGAGCUUGAACCCUGGGAAACAGACUUAAUAUGGGCAAGUGUGAUUUUAAGCACCAGGAGCUUUUCCUCAGGGCGACAUUACUGGGAGGUAAAGGGCAGGGGUGAGAACUGGGGAGUGGGGGUGACUCCUAGAGGUGGAUAUAAGGACUGGCCUCUAAUAAGACUCUGUGAUACAUAUUAUGUGUCAGAGGGAAAUGGAAUCACUGCUUUACCUCUCAGGCCUUCAUGUGGCAGAAUCAGGAUCUCACUGGACUAUGAGGCCGGACUUGUGUCCUUCUAUGAGCCGAGGAAGCCAAUCAGGCACAUAUACACUUAUACUGAUUCCUUUACUGAGCCCCUUUGUGCUGCAUUGUGGGUAGAUUCGGGCAGUGUGAGAAUCACUAGUUAGGGCUCUGCCGGGAGCUGGUCACUGUGGGAAAUAACCAGUUAAACUGUACUGUGCAUUCAUUACAGCCGGGAUGUUCCCCUUUGAGAUAACUUGUAGUAUUAUGUAGAAAGCAAUAUUCUGAAACAAUUUGCAAUUGGUCUUUUUUUAUCAUUUGUAGUUUUUCAAAUUAUUUCAGUUUUUGUU